GUGGGUACCUAAGCCUCACUCCAUAGUUACUGUUUGCAGGCUGAGUUAUGGGUAUCUGAGCUACACUGCAAAGACCAUGCAUAGUUACUGUUUGCAGGCCCAGCUAUUCAACCCAUGCAUGUGUGGAGCUAGGGAGAUCAUUGAAGACCACCACCCCUCAACUUAGGGCACGAAACUCUGCUCUACAAGAUGACUCGGGUCCCUGGGAGCAACUGGUCGCAAUGAUGGAUGGAUCUAAGAGCCUAGAGGCUUUGUAUGCUCCUCAGAAACUAGCAUUGGUGCAUUCACAGAAAAAACACAAAAUUACGUCCACUAUUCAAAUGUCUCGUCAUGUUGCCCUUGACAACGAGUGUCGCUCCCGCAACAGUAGUCUAGCGUGGAGGUCAUUGCCUGAGGCUGCUAGACUAGCUGUAGCUCAACGGAUUGUGGUGAAUGACCAACAUGAGUUACUCUACUGUGCUGUGCCUCUGCUCAGUAUGGGUCCCUGGAUGAAGGUGCUGUAUUACAUCAGUCCCAACAGGGCAGAGGGUUUGUCUGAUGUUGGACAAGUGCCUGGAGAAGAGUUGGGAACAAGAAAGAACUUUGUCUAUUUGAGCAGCUUCUCUUUAGAUGAGCAAGAAAGAAGAUUGAACACUUACCUUUCGUUCAUGGUAUCGAGGCAUCCGUUUCAAAGGCUGGCCAUCGCUUAUAAGCUCAAGCUGGAGAAUAGCAAUGCUUUCUUCCACGAUCGCUAUGGCAAAGCUAUCGUGAAAAACUAUCGAAAAGGAGGAGGUGGUAAAAAUCCAACGGGAAAUGAUGUGAAAUUCUCAGAAUUUGCUCAAUACAUUUCUGAAGUUUCUGUUGAUGAUAUGAAUGAACAUUGGCAACCUCUGGAGACAUUGUGUCAGCCUUGUGUCGUCGAUUAUGAUGUCAUAUUACAUCACGAGAGUAUGGAGAGGGAAGCCGAGGAACUGCUGGGUGUGGCUCAACUAUCGAGUCAUUUGACAAAGUUCCCGUACAACAAAUGGGACUCAUUGGAAGCCUCGUAUGUGCACACACUGUACCGUGAGCUCAGCCCAUCACUGGUGGGUAGACUGGUUCAACUUUAUAGAAGUGAUUUUGGCCUGUUUUCAUAUUCAUCAUUACUCUGAUUUGAUGUUUAAUUAAAAGUUU